CACAUGGAUCGCUGGAUCAUUCGAUUUCGAUCGAUCGACGACGACAAAAUUGCCAAGACGUAACGAACGAUAUCCGUUUUCCACUCGAAAACCGCACACCAAUCCACUUUGCCCUUUAGUAAACAUAAUUCUUGCUAUACGAUGGGGAUUCGUAUCACGACGAUAGUACGUAUAGUGACAGCGACCGCGGCGUUUUUAACGGUGGUGCGCGGUGCUCGGACACGGGAAACGUAUGCGGAGAAACGCGACACGGUCGAAGAUCUAGAAUCAUCGGCUUCAGGUUUCAUUUACAGAAAAGACGGACAGAACCCUCCGAUAUUCAUCAAGCUCGGAGAAGGCCACAGCGACAAGUUUGACGCCAUACUGGAAGAUUUCAAAAAAGAAAACGGUUUCCAAGGGAUACCCUCGGUGUUCGCCAACAAGCCCGCGUCCCCGUACAACAUACCGGUGCUCGGCCAAGAGAACGCGGUUCAUCGCGACGAUCGCAGCGGCGGUGGCGGCGGUUACACGCUGAACUCGUAUUUCGACGGAGCGGACGACGGGAGAUACGGUCUUGGCGGCGGUGAUGGUGGUCUGGACGGGCCGUUGUUCGACAUCGAAGACCGUCAAAUCGACGACAUCGGUAGCUUCGACGACGGUGACGACGGAACUUUUGACUUCGCGAUGUCGCCGUUCAAAUACCACCGCGACGUAUCCAGCGUCGGACCCAGAGGCGACUCCCUCGGAUACGAUGAUCAGAACUAUUACGGAUCGCCUUACACCCACAAAGAGUACAAAUCGCCAGGAAAACAUCAUCAUAAGGCGGGAGGAUCGUUCCAAAAGGCUGGUCAUUACUUCUCGCAGGGCACAUUGGGCGACAGCGGCCACAAGAGUCACCGCGACUUUGACAAGGGACAUGCGGGCAAGUAUGGCAAAGAAGAUCUCAAGAGUCACUACAAAAAGGGUUCUGGACAUAUGCAUGGACAUAAAAACGAGGCGGACCACUAUGGAAAGCACAAGAGUGGCACACAUGGCCAUAAAGGGUUCAAGUAUGGUGAGACGAAUAAUCACAAGAAGGGCCACAAAACCACUGGGUUCCAUAACGUUUAUCACAAGGACGAGUACAACAAGGAGCAGAAGUUCUACGACGACGCGCACAAACAGGGUAAGCUCGACAAAUACGGCGGUAAGCACAAAGAUUUCAAGCAGAAGAACGGCGGGUACAAGCAUGGUAGCCACCACGAUUCGGGAUACGACGAGGCGCACAAGGGCGUGUCGGGAGACUUCAAUAAGGGGCACUACUACGACGGCCACAAGGGACACAGCGGUGAAUCCGGGCACCAGUCGCAUCACGACCACAAGGCCGGCUACGACACGUUGUCCGACAAUAAGAAGUACGGCGAACACCAACACGAGUCGGGUGGCGGUAGCGAUGACUUCUAUUGACCGCGGUACUUCGUUGAAAGUAUACCGUCCUUGUGUAGUACAAUAAUAUCAUCAAAGAUAUGAUCUGUAUAUUAUGUGUUACACGAAUCGCGUUCGAAAAUAUUGCCACUUCCGUACACGUGAUAGCGUUUUUUUAUCUUCUUUACUAUUUCCGAACGGAUAUUAUGUGCAUGUAUAAAAUUAUGUCGCGUUAUAACGAAAAUACGUGAUAAAAAUUCAACGAAAAAUAUACACACGCGACCGAUGCAAAUGAACUCGUAAUAAAGGAUCGUUGAAUGAAAAAAAAAACAAUUCGCCAAGGCCUAACCGACAUCGUCGAACACGUAAAAAAAAAAUAAAUAUGAUUAUUAUAAAUGAUUAUAGUACCAUAUAUAUAUAUAAGGGUUUGUACGUAUUUAUCCAUUUAUUUACACGUAUAUUUAAUAUGAAAAAAAAAUUGCUUUCCACACACACAGCCUGCGCGCACACUAAUACGUCGUCACACGCGUAAUAAAUAAUUGCCAGUAGUUACGGUAAUAACAUUAUAAUGAUAUAUGUAAUAGUCCAUCAUCGCACACGUUAAUUGUUAAUCCACGUGAUGAUAAUCGUAUUUUUCCUACGUUAACGUGCUCCGAUUUAUUUUUUAUUGUACGUUUCAUUUCGAUUUUAGUUUUAAAUUGAUUUAAUAAACUCAUACGUGAUUUUCUUGUACAAAUAAUUUAUGAUUAAAACUUCGACAUUAAUGCAGGGGCCAGCGACGUUAGAUCUUAUAUGCAAGUAUACGAUCCCUGUUUAUUAAUAAAGCACUCUCCACUUAAGUUGAAAGUAAGUAUGUCAUUAUAGGUUUUAGUUAUUUAAAGUUUAUGUAUAUAUUUAUAUCAAUUUUGUUAGUCGAUUUUUAAUUUUUUUUUUUUAUAUCAUAUAUCUUUGUUAUCUUGUGCAAAUAAUUUGUAAAUUCUAACCUUCCUGAUUGCACACUACCACAAAAGAUAUAUGAAAAGAGCUGUUCAAUUAUUUUGAAUACAUUGAUAAAUUAAAAAUGCAAUGAAAUCAUUAAAAACCGAUUUCGAUCAUUUAUCAUACAAUAAUAAUACUGUCUACUUCCAAUGCGUGGUUGACUUGUUAGCCGAAAAUGUACGGAAAAAAGUACACCAUAUCUUCGAGAUACUUAUUAAUACCGUUAUUUCAAUUGUUUGUUGAACCGAUAAAACAUUAAAAACCCUAAUAUAUCAGAAGUAAUUAUACUAAUCGAACAGCUCUAUGGGCACAUUAUAUACACUGCACUUGAAACAUUGUUUGCAAAUAUACGCACAGGUUUCGUUUUUUAUUGUUGUAAUAUUGUAAUACUGUAAGG